AACCUCAUCGAAUAACUUCUACUUGAUCAUGCGCUUGGAGUGCUUGUACUAAGGUCUAGACUCGGAUGCUGCCUACCGGCCCUAUACUGUCGAAAAUGGUUACAGGGAGGGGAGAGUCAUCUGUAGAAGAAUCCCAUGAUGUUUUGUUUUUUGUUCAUCUCUUCUUUCAGGGGUUCACGGGGAAUAAAUACUCUCGUUGCCUCUGCUCUUGUCGAUCGUUUCUAUAACCUGUCAAGCUCUACUAGUUUAUUCACUUGCCUAUAUCUUCAACCGCAGCAUCAAAGAGAUCCGUCACAAUGCUCACCAACCUCGCCCUCGCAUCCCUGCUCGCCGCGGUGCCGUUCGCUCGCGCAACCCCGGACGUGACCGUCAAGGCCCUGCCCUUCGAGGACUGCUCGUCCUUCCCGGGCUACGACGCCGCCGCCAACACUGCGGGUCCCUGGACCAUCCAGCUAGUCAACGCCGACAACACCGCCAUCGAAGGCUUCAGCGACACCUCCAACUACGCGGUCGCGUUCAACCCUAGCACCGACCCCAAGCCGAGCAUGCGAUGGGGCUACAUCACCUUCCCGCAGCGCAACGACAUCGCCAAGACGGCCAUCAAGUGCGACGCCGGCGUGCUCAAGGCCUGGGUGUCGACCGACCUGACGGCCGCCGGCGCCCCCACCAACGUGCAGUGGUCGCCGCUGGUGCUGUCGCCGUACCCGUACGACGCGGCGCUGAUGUGGAAGAUCGAGGGCGACGCCCCCCAGAUCUUCGAGCACUACGUCGGCGACGUCAAGCAGGACGGCGUCUUCCUCGGCGGCUACAACGGCAGCACGUCGUGGGGCCUGCGGUGGACGCUCGCCGACGGCGUCUCCACCCGCCUCGACUACUACUACACUCGCUUGUUGGGGCCCAACAGCGCCGACCCGACGACGGGACAGCCGUUGUACGCGAAUGAGACUACGGCGUUCAUCAAGAUUUCCGCGUAGAGGAUGCAGGAACGCGGGUUGGCAGGCUUACCUACCUGCAUAUUGUAGGAUGGAGGGUUGAGAGCUUGGCACGUUGGUGAAAGGGAUGGACACAAACAGGAGGACUCGCUCGUUUCUUCACCAGGGUACUUGAACUAGUUAAGGAUUAACCGCUUCAAUUUGUGAGACUGGUGGAAACCCAUACUUCUAAUAGGUAUUAGAUACUAAUGC